GUUUGCACCUCCAUUAGCUCCUCAUUAUAAAAGUCAAAUGUAUCAGCUUAUGGGCACCAGAUAUCGGUUCCAAACCUACGGCACUUUUUCACAGCAUUCACGGCUUCUUUAUAAGUGGGUCACACGUUCACAGCGUUCAUUCAGUAAAGAAGUCUGCGAAGUCUAUGAAGCACAGACUGUACAAACAUCGCUGAACAUCAA